AUGCAGCACAUGCAGUAUGGGGGGGAGUACGUGCAAGUGCGCGUGUGCAUAUGCAGCCGCCCUGCUGAGGAGCACGUGGGGGGCAGCAGUACAUGCACACGGGGACCCCGGGCCCGCGAGGAGGUCGGCUCUGGGGCGCCCUCCGCGGCCCUGCCCUCCGCGGCCCUGCCCUCCGCGGCCCUGCCCUCCGGGGCCCUGCCCUCCGCGGCCCUUCCCUCCGCGGCCCUGCCCUCCGGGGCCCUGCCCUCCGCGGCCCUUCCCUCCGCGGCCCUGCCCUCCGCGGCCCUGCCCUCCGCACCCUUCCCUCCGGGGCCCUGCCCUCCGGGGCCCUGCCCUCCGCGGCCCUGCCCUCCGCGCCCUUCCCUCCGCGCCCUUCCCUCCGCGGCCCUGCCCUCCGCGGCCCUGCCCUCCGCGGCCCUGCCCUCCGCGGCCCUGCCCUCCGCGGCCCUGCCCUCCGGGGCCCUUCCCUCCGCGGCCCUGCCCUCCGCGGCCCUGCCCUCCGCGGCCCUGCCCUCCGCGGCCCUGCCCUCCGGGGCCCUUCCCUCAGGGUCCCUGCCCUCCGCGGCCCUGCCCUCCGGGGCCCUGCCCUCCGCGGCCCUUCCCUCAGGGUCCCUGCCCUCCGCGCCCUUCCCUCAGGGGAAGCUCCCUCUGAAGGCUGACAGCAGGGACGUGGGUCGGGGCCACGGCCAGGACACACGCCUGCUGCAGGUGCCCAGAGGCGUGUUUGCUCGCCCGGGCAGCCGGGAAGGGGCCCGGGCAGCAGGUGUCAUGCCCUGGAACAUGUUUGUGGACAAGACCUCAACAGCCACAUGGGAAAGCAGAGAGGAAGGAUGGAGGAGAGCAGGAGAAGGGGGAAAGGUCACGCUGCAGGGGCUGGACGCGAGUCCAGGAUGCAGGAGAGAAGAGUCUGUAAGUGCAGAGCAGACGGCCGAAGGGGCGAGCCCUGCCCGCCAGGAGCGCCUUCCUCUGGCCAGGCCCUCCCACGGCUCCGACACAGGAAGCCUCCGAAAGCUCACUGCUUAG